GGCGACCCCGAAAUGAAAAAUUAGUACCGUUUAGGUUUGUAUUUCUGUAUUUAACUACAUUUUCUAAAGCUGUGAUUUUAAAACGCAUUCUAAACAAUUGAUAACUGUCCAAGCGAACUUGAAUUAGAAGAAAAUAGUCGAGAAAUUGAAUGAUUCGAUCUUGAAAGAAAUUCGCAGUUGUUUGUUGACAACGGUGACCAAGCGACGAGCUGAAGAAAAGAAUGAGAUUGAAAAUACAUCUUCAAAAAGAACAAAAACAUAAGGAGCUUGUAAGUUGUGUUGGAUGGACGACGUCAGAAGAACUCUAUUCCAGCGGUGAUGAUCAUUCAGUAUUAAGGUGGAAUUUAUUGUCUGGUGAGACAUCUCAGCUGGUUCAGCUACCUCAAGAUGUCUUCCCUACAGACCUUCAUUGGUAUCCAAAGUCUGUCAGUGGAAAGAAGCAAAGUCAGUCCGAUAUCAUGGUUAUGACCUCCACUGAUGGGAAGUUCCAUUUGAUAUCUCGUAAUGGCAGAGUAGAGAAAUCAGUWGAGGCACACAGAGGUGCAGUGUUAUCUGGACGAUGGAGCUAUGAUGGCAAUGCCAUGGUAACAGUUGGUGAGGAUGGACAAGUGAAAAUAUGGUCUAGAAGUGGGAUGUUGAGGUCCACACUUAUGCAAACAGGAAUGCCCGUGUAUUCUGUGUCUUGGAGUCCUGAUUCAGAUCAGAUUUUGUACACAAAUGGUAAACAACUCAUUAUAAAACCAUUACAGGCUGCUGCUAAACCUAUUCAGUGGAAAGCUCAUGAUGGCAUUGUACUUAAAGUGGACUGGAACCCUUUAAAUAAUCUCAUUAUUUCAGGUGGUGAAGAUUGUAGAUACAAGGUUUGGGAUAAUUAUGGUAGAGUAAUGUACUCAAGUUCUCCUCAUGAUUACCCAAUAACUAGUGUAUCAUGGGCACCUGAUGGAGAAUUAUUUGCAAUUGGGUCUUUUAACACACUGCGACUUUGUGACAAAACUGGGUGGUCCUACUCUCUGGAAAAACCUAACACUGGAUCUGUUUUUAACAUCUCAUGGUCCACUGAUGGAACUCAGUUGGCAGGGGCUUGUGGGAAUGGACAGGUUAUCUUUGCACAUGUCAUUGAAAGGCGCCUGGAAUGGAAGAACUUUGAGGUGACAGUUACUGAAAGAAAAAGUAUCAAAGUUCGUGAUGUGAUAAAUGACUCAAAAGAAACACUAGACUUCCGCGAUCGUAUCAUCAAAACAUCUUUGGGUUUCAAUCAUCUUGUUGUUGCCACAUCUUCUCAGUGUUAUAUUUACAGUGUCAAGAAUUGGAAUACUCCAAUGAUCUUUGACUUGAAGAAUGGAAACAUCACACUGAUUGUCCUCACUGAAAAGUGCUUUCUUAUUGUGGAUGAUGCUGGACUACAAAUAUAUUCCUAUGAAGGCAGACUUAUCAGUGCACCAAAGAUACAGGGUUUGAGGACAGAUGUCUUGAAUGAGCAAACAGUGUCUGUCAGUAAUGAUACYAUUGCAAUUAAAGACCGCAAAGAUGAAAAAUUGGUCUACCUGUUUGAAGCACUCAGUGGCAAGCCUAUUGGCAGUGGUGAACCAUUAGCACAUACGAUGGAGGUUGUUGAUGUUGCUCUUAGUCAGUGUGGUCCAGCAAGUGAGAGACAGCUUGCUAUUAUUGACAAAAAUAGAGAUAUGUACCUUGCCCCAGUAAAACAUAUUGGUGCUGCUGGCAAGUUUGUCAGAUUAGGUACAAUGGUAACAACAAUGGCCUGGAAUGACACUACAAACAUGUUGGCUGCAUUUCAAGAUGGAACUUUUACUGUCUGGUAUUAUCCUACUGCUGUUCUAGUUGAUCAGGACAUUUUACCUAAGACUUUGUUAGAAAAAGACUCAAGUGAUUUUGGUAAAAAUCCUCAAAUUCUGAACUUUAUUGAUAACCACUGCACAAUGAGAAAAGCAGAUGGAUCUCUCUGUAAUACAAUCAUUUCACCAUACCCAGCCAUGCUGCACAGAUACUGCUCACAAACAAAAUGGGAAGAYGCUGUCAGAUUAUGCCGUUUUGUUAAGGAUUCAGCAUUGUGGGCUUGCUUGGCAACAAUGGCUGCUUAUGCUAAAGACUUAAACACUGCAGAGACAGCAUAUGCAGCAAUUGAUGAGGCUGACAAAGUUCAAUACAUUAAUCACAUAAAGGAAAUCCCAACCAAAGAAGGACGCAACGCAGCAAUGGCUUUAUUCUGUCGGCAAACUCAAGAAGCUGAGACAAUACUUUUACAAGCAGGCUUAAUUUACAGGGCAAUACAGCUUCAUAUUGAUCUCUUUAACUGGGACAGGGCCCUAGAGUUGGCUGUCAAGCAUAAAACCCAUGUGGAUACUGUUCUYGCAUUUCGACAGAAAUGUCUGGAAAACUUUGGGCGCAAGGAAACAAACAAACGUUUCUUGCAAUAUGCUCAAGGGGUAAAACAACUGUCACAUCAUUUGGCGCCAUCUCAUUUGCAAUGUAUCUUAACAAAUAAAAUAAAUAAAAGCCAUAAUAUUAAAGAUGCAUUGAAAAAUGGAAUCUAUCGUAGUAUUUGGUGUGCAUUCUAAUGAAAUUUUCUUUUCAACUAAGAAAUUAAGCCAAUUGACAAAGUACUGAUUGCCAAUCGUGGUGAAAUUGCUUGCCGUAUCAUGCAGACUGCUAAGAAAAUGGGUGUUAGGACAGUGGCAGUGUAUAGUGAUGCUGAUAGUAAUGCAAGACAUGUUGAAAUGGCUGAUGAAUGUUAUCAUAUUGGAAAAGCUCCUUCAAGUGAAAGUUAUCUUAAAAUGGAUAAGAUCAUAGAAGUAGCCAAGAUGACUGGAGCUCAGGCRAUUCACCCAGGAUAUGGAUUCUUGUCAGAAAACCCAGAGUUUGCUGAACUGUGUGAAAAGGAAAAUAUAAUUUUUAUUGGUCCUCCUCCUUCAGCUAUCCGUGAUAUGGGCAUUAAAAGCACUUCAAAGUCAAUCAUGGGGGAAGCUGGAGUUCCAAUAAUACAAGGUUACCAUGGCGAGGACCAAUCAGAUGAAAAACUCCGACAAGAGGCUGAAAGAAUAGGAUAUCCUGUCAUGCUGAAAGCUGUAAGAGGGGGAGGAGGAAAGGGAAUGAGAAUAGUUCAGACAGCAGCARAUUUUGACAGUGCCCUAGAAUCUGCUAGAAAUGAAGCUAAAAAAUCAUUUGAUAAUGAUGAUAUGCUGGUGGAAAAAUUUGUAGAAACACCAAGGCAUGUUGAAGUACAGGUGUUUGGAGACAAACAAGGAAACACUGUUUACCUGUAUGAAAGAGACUGUAGUGUUCAGCGAAGACACCAAAAAAUAAUUGAAGAAGCUCCAGCUCCAGGAGUCUCUCCUGAGGUCAGAAGGAAGAUUGGAGAAGCYGCWGUUAAAGCUGCAAAGGCUGUUGGUUAUGUGGGAGCAGGUACUGUUGAAUUCAUUAUGGAUAAAAAUCAAGACUUUUAUUUCAUGGAGAUGAAUACAAGAUUACAGGUUGAACAUCCUGUAACUGAGAUGAUCACAGGUCUGGAUCUAGUUCAAUGGCAGUUGAAGGUUGCUGCAGGUGAAAAUCUUCCUUUGAUGCAAGAAGAUAUUAAACUUCAAGGACAUUCAUUUGAAGCAAGACUUUAUGCCGAAGACCCUGAAAGAGARUUUCUUCCUGGAGCUGGUCCUAUCCAACACAUGACCACACCACAGGCAGCCAAAAAUAUCAGAAUAGAAACUGGUGUUAGGCAAGGAGAUGAAGUGUCUAUUUAUUACGAUCCAAUGAUUGCAAAGCUUGUUGUUUGGUCAGAAAGCAGGUCAUCAGCUCUUCACUUACUCAAGGACUGUUUGACUCAGUAUCAUCUUGUAGGUUUCAAUACAAACAUUGGUUUUCUAACCAGUUUAUGUGAUAACAAAUUUUUCAAAGCUGGAGAUGUGCACACCGAUUUUAUCCAGCAACAUCAUUCUGCGUUGUUUCCUGGAAAGCAAAUACUAUCAAAGGAAGUGUUGGUUCAGGCAGCUCUAAGUUUGAUAUUAAUGGAAAGUGAACACCAAGAAAGCAGGAGGUCAUCUKCCCAGGAUGAGUAUAGUUUGUGGGGAUGCACCUCAGGAUUCAGGAUUAACCGUCAACACAAGAGAAAAAUUAGACUAAAUGAUGGAGAAAAGAGAAAAGAUAUGACAGUCAGUUACAAUAUUGAUGGUUCUUUCACUAUGGAGGUUGAAGGGGAASUAUUUACUGCCWCAGGAAGACUGCAUAGGGAAGGGAAGAGGACAAAUUUGACAGCUACUGUGAAUGGAAAAGUACUAAAAUCAUCUAUUGUUGAUCAAGAUGGAACUCUUCAUGUUUUUACCAAGGAUGGCCACCACAAACUUGCAAGACCUGUCCCAAAGUACCUAAAGGGUACUGUCAGUAGUGGUGGUAGUGGAGGGGCUAAAGCACCAAUGCCUGGUAACAUAGUUAAGAUUCUUGUUCAGCCUGGUCAAGAUGUACAGGAGGGUGAUGUACUUGUUGUCAUGGAAGCCAUGAAAAUGGAGUAUUCAAUCAAGGCUCCUAAGGCAGGAACGAUCAAGAGCAUUCUCUGUGAAUUAAAUGGGACAGUUGAACGAAAUGCUCAACUUGUACAAUUUGAAGAAAAACAGGCAGAUGAAGAAGUAGAGGAUGUGGAUUGAUAAGUGAAUUAUUUAUGCAUAAUUAUCGUUAAAAUGAAUUAAAUUAUCACUCAUUUCAUCUUUGAGUUGUUUAUAUUCCUAGAACUACAAAAGCAAUAACCAUUUAUUCUUUUUCACUAAAACUUGGAUGACGAUGUUUCAAUUGAAACUACCUGUCUUCCCUGGGUAACUGAUCACUUUUGAAAGUCAUGCAAUAUUUUACUAUGGUAUACAAUGAAAUUGUGGCUUACAUACAAGUGAAAGAAUAACAGUUAUUGAACAAUAGCUAAAAGACAAUAGAGAGUAAAAUGUGAGCAAAAAGCAAACAGCAAAUGUACAUUGUUGUCAUCUGUGACUUUAUUAAAUCAAAUAAAUCACUUUAGAUACAC